AUGACGCUGCCGGCGACACCAAGCUUAGCAUACCGCAGCCACAACUAUCUCUAUUACGCCGCACUCGACCUCACUAUGAAGGCUUUCAGUUACUUACUCGCCGCGUCAAGCAUUGGCGCCUUGGCCUCAGCAACCGAGUGUGCAGUUGCAGAUGCCCCAACAGUCGCCCACCAAGGCGACGCUGUCGGGUCUAUAGAAGAACACAAUGGGGUCAACAUGUAUAUUACAACCCCGGAAAAGAUGCAAGCGACAACCAAGCCUGGCAUCGCUGUCCUAUAUUUAACCGACGUAUUCGGAAUACAACUUCUUGAGAACAAACUCCUCGUGGACAGCUUUGCCCGAGCUGGAUACAUGACUGUUGCUCCCGACAUGUUCAACGGCACUCCGGCACCCAGCGAUCUAAACGACCCCAGCUUUAACACGACGGCAUUCCUUGAACUGCAUUCACCCAACGCAACAGACCCCAUUGUUGAAUCAGCCAUCAGCCAUAUACGUGGGACUCUUGGCAUUGAUCGGAUCGCCACCGCUGGCUAUUGUUUCGGCGGUAGGUACGCCUUGCGCUUCCUCAGCGGCUGUGACGGCGCCGACCUAGCUUUUGCCGCCCACCCGAGUUUACUCGAGGAUGGCGAAAUCUCUGGCAUUACUGGCCCAGCUAGUGUCGCUGCUGCCGACGGGGAUGAAUUGAUGCCUCCUGAAAGACGAAGUCAGAUAGAGGCGAUUUUACUGCAAACAGGGCAGCCGUAUCAAUUGUCUCUGUAUGGUGGCACGGGCCAUGGCUUUGCGGUGCGAGCCAACAUAUCUAACCCAGUGGAGAAGUUUGGGAAAGAAGCUGCAUUUGUACAAGCUACAAGGUGGUUCGAUACUUGGGGUCAAUAA